AUGUUAUCUUUUAAAAAGUAUCAAGCUAGCAUUGGAAUCUCAGCUAACAUCUUCCUUCUUCUCUUUCACAUUUUUACAUUCUUUCAGGAUCACAGGCCUAAGACCCAUGCCCUGGUCACUAGUCACUUGGCCUUUGUCCACCUAGUAAUGCUCUUCACUGCAAUGGAGAUUUUGUCUCCAGACAUGUUUGAGUCACAAUUUCAGAAUAACUUUAGAUGUAAAGCUUUGUUCUAUGGGCACAAGGUGAUGAGGGUCCUCUCUAUCUGCACCACUUGCCUCCUGAGCAUGCUGCAGGCCAUUACCAUCAGCCCCAGAACCUCCUGGUUGGUGAGAUCUAAACAUAAAUUUACAAAUAACAAUAUCCUGGGCUUAUUCGUUUUUUGGUUUAGCAAUUUGUCUUUCAGUAGUGAUAUGAUCAUCUACACUGUAGGUUAUUCCAAGACUCAGAUAAUUUUGAAUAUCAGCAAAUAUUGCAUACUCUUCCCAAUGAAUGUCAUCAUCAGGGUGCUAUUUCUUAUGCUGUUGUUAUCCAGAGAUGCCUUCUUCAUAGGAAUCAUGCUCCUUUCAAGUGUAUACAUGCUUAUUCUUUUGUCCAGGCAUCAGAGGCACUCCCAGCGCUUUCACAGCAGCAGCCUUAUAUUAAGGACCUCCCUAGUGAAAAUGGCCAUCAAGACUAUCCUCAUGCUGGUGAAUUUCUUCGUGCUCAUGUAUUCAGUGGACUUCACCCUCUCAUCAUCCACAAUGCCCUUAUGCGUAUUUGGCCCUGUCAUCUAUGGUGUCCACGAGUUUGUGGUCAAUGCCCAUGCCACUGUCAGUCCUCUGGUGCUAAUCAGAUCUGAUAAAAGAGCCGUCAAUAUUCGACAGCUCGUGGUCCUUCUUGAAGAGUUCUUGAAGAGAACUAGCAGUUGGGCUGAAGCCCCUUGGCCUCAUGCGGACUCUCCAAUACUCAUCGAACUUCAUGACGGACAUGAUGCAGGUGGCUGUAUCUGGGCCCCAGAACUUUCAGGACUGAGCCCUGGUGAAGACAGGAGGGCGUUGUGGGUCCUGGAUGUCCCUGUGCAGCCGGUGCUUCUGGAUGGGACCAUUCACCACCCAGAUGCCUCCUCACUAGGUCUCCAAGCCUCACUGGUCACAGAUUUCCAGGGACAUUCUGAGCCACAGGUGAGCACCGCAGUGGCCCCUCGCACACUGAAUUCCAAGGCUCCUUGUGAGGUGCUGGCACAGUCCUGGCUCGGCUGCACACUGGCCCUGUGGGCCCCCAUCCAGGUCUGGAGCAGA